AUGCGGUUUGGGCAGGGGUUGUGGCCAAAUGCUUUCCGCUGUGGUAUGAUGACUAGCUGCCAGCUUGCAUCAUAUGAUAGUUUUAGGGACCUGAUAGUGGCGACCACUAGGAUUCAUGACGAUCAUCCUGAUUUGCAUUUAUCGGCAUCGUUCUUGGCAGCGCUGGUCGCUACAACACUAUGCAGCCCGAUCGAUGUGAUUAAGACGCAGUUAAUGGGGUCUUCAAGCAAGCACGGAAUAUUGCAUGUGAUGAAGGAUCUCACAGCCACAGAGGGAAUGAGAUGGGUCUUUCGAGGGUGGACGCCCAGUUUUGUUCUCCUGGGGCCUCAGACUAUGGCAACGCUGAUUCUUUUGGAGGAGCACAAGCGGUUAUACAGGGAUUUCAAAGAAAAGACGGGUACUCAGAAAAUCCCACUCUAA